AUGGUAUUGCUUACCAUGACGGCAGCCGCUGUGCGCGCGCUUUCUAGGGCUGAGGAAGUCGCGCCGGAAGAAUAUGCGAAGUUGCAACGGCCAGACGACCCUGCGCUGUCAGAUCCCAAGCCUGGGAACCCCAUCUCGCAUGGCCAGUUGAUCGACCUCUCGAGGCUCCUCAAGAAGCACGCCGCUCAACCAUUCACCAAAGACGAAACCACAAAGCGAAGAGAGGACAUACUACACCUUGGCUCAGAAUUAAGCGAAGAAAACACCGAAGGACCCAUACCCGCCACCCUCGAUGCGCUCCUCCGCAACUCCACCGUCUACAUCCCUCCUCCCUUGCCCAAAAAAGAGCCUACCCCCGAAUACAAAGCCCUCAUGGCCCGACUCCGCGCCGAAGAAGAAGCCCGCGACUACAACCGCAUGCUCAACCCCGACCCCCUCGCGAAGACCGAGACGUUCUCCCAGCGAUUCCCCAACGCCGCUGCGCCCUUCUCUCUCUCCACGCCCUACGAUCAGGUCGACGAAGACGAGCUAAGCUACGAGGAGGUACAUCGCCAGAUCAUCCUCAUCAUCAACGUAUUGGUCUCUAUUGUGGCGUGCGCGGUAUUCAUAUGGGUGGCUGCGAGGCACUGGAGUGUGCCGAAGAGGUUGGGAUUAAGUAUGGGAGGGAGCGGAGCUGUUGCCGUUGCGGAGGUUGUUGUGUAUAGUGGAUAUGUGAGGAGAAUUGCUGAGGCGAAGAAGAAGGAGAAGAAGAAACCCGAGAUCAAGAAGAUAGUACAGAGUUGGGUGAUUGAUGGCAGUGAGAAGAUGGAAGCGAGCGUUUCGUCUGGGUCAAAGGACAAGCUUGAUGAUGGGAUUCGCUACAGAAAAGGCAAACAUCGCUGA